AGCACUUAUUAGCCUUCCCGCUCCUUAUCACUGUCCGAUUUUGAGAGUAACACUUGAGGAGACAAGUAACAAUUAGUCCUACAGUUUCCUCCAAAUAGCAGCACUUUAAAAAUCUGACAUGUCUACGGGUGGCAGUGCUCGUCGAAGUGAAGUUACAAGCGCCAAAGUGCGAAUUAAAGCCUUCCCUCCUUCGAUUGAUGAAAGAUAUGCAAAUCAAUUGUGGAAUCAGAUAAAGAGUGCGAUUAUUGAAAUCCAGAAGAAAAAUAACAGUUGCCUGAGCUUUGAAGAACUCUACCGAAAUGCCUACACUUUAAUCUUACAGAAACAUGGUGAGCGUCUGUACGCAGGCACUGAACUUGUUGUACAUGAACAUAUGACUAGAAUUCGCGAUAGUAUUGUUGAAAAUCUAAAUAAUAAAUUUUUAACAUACCUCAACUCGUGUUGGAAGGAUCAUCAAACUGCUAUGGGGAUGAUUCGUGAUAUUCUUAUGUACAUGGACCGCGUCUAUGUCGGUCCUCACAAUCUGGACGGAGUUUAUAAAAUGGGAAUGACUGCUUUCUGUAAUGUUGUUGUGCGGUAUCCAAUAAUUAGGGAGCACUUGCAAAAGACUCUGUUGGAUAUGGUGCAUAAAGAACGUCGAGGUGAGGUAAUAUCACGGUCUCAGAUUCGUGAUGCCUGCCAAAUGUUUGUGCAGUUAGGCGCCGGCUCACUCCGUGUUUACCUUGAGGAUUUUGAGCAACCAUUUUUGGAACAGUCAAGGGAGUUCUACCGCGCUGAAAGCGAGAACUUUCUAGCAGAAAACACCUCUGCUUCCUUGUAUGUCAAAAAGGUUGAACAGAGGAUUGAAGAAGAAGUUAGACGGGCUCAUCAUCAUCUUGAUCCAUCUACAGAACCCAAAAUAGUGGCUGUUUUGGAAGAAGAACUUAUAAGUCGGCACAUGGAGACUAUUGUUGGUAUGGAAGACUCAGGAUUAACCUACAUGCUAACCCAUGAUAAUUUCAGUGAUAUCGCUGCUAUGUUUAGUGUUCUCAGUAGGGUUGACGAAGGGCCGAAAAUUAUGAGCAACUAUAUUAGCCUCUACUUGAGGGAACAAGGACGGAGUAUUGUUCAUGAUACUGGUUCGUCAACACCUCAGCAGCACAUUCAGGAUUUGCUACGAUUACGUGAUCGUGCCAAUGAAUUACUUACGAGAGCACUUAAUAACCAAACAAUAUUUCGUAAUCAAAUUAAUGCAGAUUUUGAGUACUUCAUUAAUUUGAACCCUCGUUCACCUGAGUUUCUGUCGCUAUUCAUUGACGAGAAACUUAAACGUGGCACGAAAGGUAUGGCGGACCAAGAUGUAGAUGCUAUUUUUGACAAGUGUAUUGUAUUAUUUCGAUACCUACAAGAAAAGGAUCUUUUUGAAGGGUAUUACAAAAAACAUUUGGCAAAGAGAUUGCUGUUAUUUAAAAGCCAAUCUGAUGAUCAAGAAAAGAUUAUGAUUUCAAAACUUAUGGCUGAAUGCGGUGCUGUAUACACUAGUAAACUGGAAGGAAUGUUUAAAGAUAUGGCGGUAUCUAAAACUCUUAUGGACGAAUUUAAUGGAGUACUAUCCAGCAGUAAUCACAAUCUUGGCAUAGAUCUAUAUGUCCGGGUAUUAACUACAGGUCUUUGGCCAACACAAAUAGCAAGUUCUAACGAGGUGCUACCUGAAGAAGCGGACGCAGUGUUUAAGGUUUAUAGGAACUGAUUAAACGUGUUCUUAGUCUGUCAACGCUGUCACACUGCAGGCUUAUUAACGUCUACCUCAUCAUUGCAAAUCACAAACCAACUAUUGGUUCAUGCAAUUAGCAAUAAACUGUAUUUAUUGUGUGAAGGUGAGUUAUACUACUGGGUUACCCAAACCUCGGUAGGUGGAGUGUUUGCAAACCCUUAAUCCACUGGUUAAAAGUCAAGGGCCUAAUUCGGUGAGUCAGAGCUCCAAGCCACUUUACCAUUAUGAAUGAGCAUCUAAAUUUCACAUGGAGUAAUGUUGAACUAAAAAAUGAAGUUCAUACUUACAUGGCUUUUACUUGUUGGUAACAAUAUGCAAUCCACAAAACCCCAGUAUACAUGUAAUCCCACCAAAUAUUCGUCGAAAACUAUUGGUUAUGACUGCACUUUGCAUUGUUAGGUCAGGGUUGGUGUAAGUUUAGCUUGUAUUUUGAUAAACGGAUAAGUAGUAUGUAAUUAAAAUAACUCAUACGAUUUAUACUUAUACCGAUGAAUAUUCUUGAUAGUCAUUUCCCUAUGGGAACAUUGGGAAAACAGAAUAUUUAAUGAAUUUAUGCCUAAUGUUUAUUUUCUAGCUUUUAUUUAAGUAAACAUAAUGGUCGAAAAAUUAACCUCCAGACAAAUAUGGGUUACGCAGAACUGUCCGCUGUAUUUUAUGGUCGGCCCAGUGCAGAUAUGAAUGUACCUCAAAGCUCUUCUGUAGCUGAUUCACAUAGUCAAGGCUUUCUUAUACGUGGUUCCAGUUCAGGAUCUUCGAAUCAAGUUACGAGUCAGUGUAACCAACCAGUGCCAAUUAGUGGAUUGCCGGGUAGUCCUGGAACUUUAAAAACCCUCGAUCCACCCAGUUCAUUCAGUACUUCUUCCAGUCGCCCUAACUUACGAAAGUAUUUUUUACAGGUUUCCACAUAUCAGAUGAUAAUAUUAAUGAAAUUCAAUCGGCGCAGUCGUUAUACCUUUGCUGAAUUGGCCAGCGAAACAAAUAUCCCUGAACGGGAGUUGAAACGUAGUCUGAUGGCCUUGGCUUUAGGCCGUUGCAAUCAGCGCAUUUUAUGCAAAGAGCCUAAAACACGUGAAAUAGAACCAACUGAUGUUUUCUACGUUAAUGAUUCUUUUGUCUCUAAACACAUCAAAGUUCGGGUGCAAAGUAUCACCGUUAAAGAAAGUGAACCAGAACGCCAGGAAACAAGAACGAAAGUAGAUGAGAACCGUCGCUAUGUAAUUGAGGCAACUAUUGUCCGGGUUAUGAAAGCAAGAAAAACCUUAAGUCACGGGCAACUUGUUGUCGAAGUUAUUGAACAACUUAAAUCACGAUUUGUACCCACUCCUUUGAUGAUCAAACAGCGUAUUGAAUCCCUCAUAGAACGAGAAUUUCUUGCUCGAAUGGAAGAUGAUCGCCGCGUUUAUAGAUAUUUAGCUUAAUGCAACUUACUUUCUUAAUCGAAAUUAGAUAUGUAUUUCGCAAGUGCCAUGCAACCAUUCCUAUGCAGUACCACCGGACGUCUAUUUGCUUUGAGUCUGUUUUAAAUAGUUUUGAGUUAUCAAUUUUUCUCAAAUCUUCCACAUAUGGUGCGUAAAAAUAAACUGUCAUAAUGACUAGGUAAAUGUGAUUGUUGAUUUCCAAAUGAUCUCCCAAAUCAAAUCUUCGUCGCUCUACUCUACUAGACCCUUCAAAAUUCAGUAUAAUUAACUUUUUAUGACUAUUCUCAUUUUCUUUGUCAAUCUCAUACCUUUCAUUUUGUAAUAGACCUACUGAGCUUAUCUACACAAAUUACGUUUGAUAUGUUUCUUGUGUAUGUACAUAUAUUAGUUGCUUCCAUCCUUUAAAUUUAUGCAUUUUGAGAUGGGUAUCAUCUUACACUUUUAUUCAUAUAUGCUGGAGAAGGUAGUCUCAAAAAGUAAAUUGCUCAGUUUUUCUCAAAAUACACAACUUAUCCAUAGUACCAUUUCCUGUCAUGAAUAAACAGAACAUCUAUCGUCUUUAUGUUCACAAUAAAUAUCUUCACUGUUGUAACUGGAAGAAUACACUAUGCUGAACAAAUAAAAUUCCUUCAAUACAAAGAGGGAAACAACUGGCUGUGUUGAAAUGUCGAAUUCCUUCUCCAUUUUCUCAAGUUUAUUAUCUAAUUUGCCUUAGCUGUACACAUUGUGACGGUAUGAAAGUGUCCUACAAUGGGCGUUUUUCUUUGUCCUUUUUGUUUAUAAACAACCUAUUCUUCUCUUC